AUGGACCAAACACAGAGGAGAAUCCUGGGCCAGCCCCUUCUCGGCUCUACUUCUCAGCCCCCCAAAAGGACAACAAUGAUAUCUUUCUUUUCCAAGGUCUCUUGGAAACCGAGGUUCCGGAAGCGGGAGCCUCUGAAGAAUGUGCUUUCCGUCUUGGCAGAAAGAGCCCGGGACCCCAAUGCCAAGAAGCGCUCCACGGCAAUCAGGGGCCUGGGAACCAUGGCCCGUGAAGCCCCUGACAAGGUGAGGAAGUAUAAGAAAACUAUCUUGGACCUGCUAGUGCAUGGAUUGUACGACCCUGUGAGCUCUGAAGUCAUCCACGAGAGUAUGAAGACUCUGACCAUCAUCCUGGGCAAGACCCAGGGGAAGGGGUUGGGCUCCUUCUUCACAGACAUCACCCUUCAGACCAGGACCUUUUUAGACGACGAGAAUGAUAACCUGAGAUACUCAGCCUUCGUAUUGUUUGGGCAGUUGGCUGCCUCUGCCAGGCGGAAGUGGAGAAAGUUUUUCACCGGUCAGGUCAAGCAGACACGGAGUUCCCUCCUGAUCCAUUUACGGGAUAGAAAUCCCCAGGUUGCCAAGGCCUGCAGAACAACUUUUCGAGCCUGUUCUCCAUAUCUGAAACCGAGGAAGGAAUACAGCUUCCAGAGUGAAGAAGAUCAAAGAAACCCUAAACUCUGCCGACAGCUGAGCCACUGCCAUCCUGAGCUCCUGCAGUUCUUCUACGCAAAUAAGAUUCUGUAAUUGCAGCGCAGCAGGGAAAUGCCCCCGUGUGAGCAGAUUGCUGCGGCUGUGUGCUCUCCUUUCAGGAGUGUGAUGGAAAGGAAGACGUCAGGAGAGCAACAGGUGGCCAAAACAGCACCAUGGACUUUGUGAUUAGGCUUGAAGCAGACUUCUACGUUGCUUUCACGUCCCUCACUUUUCCCAUAUAACUUGAUAAUCAGGUGCAAACUUUCUUUAAAACGUUUCAAGCGUAUGUAGAGGCAUUGCUUAUCUCUUGACUGUUUCCUUCUUAAGUUCAUCCCUGUCACCUGCCUUUAAUCGUUAAUAUUUAAUUUAUGAGGCUUAGUAGAAUAAACUUUAAGUUUUCUAAAAAAAACUUUAAGUUUUCUGAAAAAAAAUACUUGCAGUUGAUACUUUGCUAUUUGCUAUGGAUAUCUUUUCUCGGCAAGAUUUACUUGAAGUUGGCCAAGACGCUGGCAGAUUUCCUUUGAAAAACUUGGCCAUGGCAGGUCUUUCUGCCAUGAAGCUUUCUUUUGCUCUUCUUUCU